AGUGCAGCAGUCUGCAAAGAAAGUGACCACAACCGAAGCAUAUCCAGCCGUCUGAGCGGUGGGUACUGCGACCAAACGGAGACAUUUACCUCAAAGACUGUUUACAACCGGAAAAAGAACCCUAUUGGAUCAUUGGAAACCUUCAAAACUGAGGAAGAGGAGUCAUUGCUUUUUGGACACUUUACACCGCGCACGGCGGAUCUAUGAAGACGCAGGCAGGGUUUUCACUCCCAACACCAGACAGAGGGAACAGGGUGUGAUUCACCCCCCUGCCUACAAGCCCUGAUGCCGGGCAUUAGCUCCACUGCGCCUCGGUAUGAAAACUGGGACAUGGAGCACCUCGACCACUACCAACAUUAUUUCUACGACGACCACCACGACCCGGAUGAGGAUUUCUUCAAGUCCACCGCGCCUAGCGAGGACAUAUGGAAGAAAUUCGAGCUGGUGCCGACCCCGCCCAUGUCCCCUAUCCGGGCGGUGGAGGGGUCUGGCAGGGUCGGGCUGCUGUGUCCGUCUCUAGGGGACAAACUGGAGUGGGUGUCCCAGUUUUUAGGGCAGGACGAUGAGCAGCAGCAUCAGCAGCAUCAGCAGCAGCAGCAGCAGGAAAUCCCCUGCAAGCUGACCACCUCCAAUGACUCUUUCGGGAACCUGAGCUCCAUAAUUAUCCAGGACUGUAUGUGGAGUGGGUUUUCCGCCGGACAACAGCUAGAGAGAGUUGUAGGAGAGAGACUUGCAUCCUGUCCCGGGACGGGGGCCAGUGUCAAAGUCGCUGCAGCAGCCACUUCUGUGGUUGCAUCUCCGGGGAGGCAGCAGCAGGGGGCCCCCGCAGAAGCGUCGGCUCCAAGCGGACUGGCUGCGGACUGUGUGGACCCCGCUGCGGUGCUCACUUUCCCGGUAAACGGUGGAUGCAAGAAGCAAGUGUCCUCCGGUUCAGAAUCUCACACCGACUCCUCAGAUGAUGAAGAUGACAAUGAUGAGGAUGAAGAGGAGAUCGAUGUGGUGACGGUGGAGCACAAGCAGCAGCAGCGUAAACCUCGUCGGCUGGUCAACUCUCGCAAACCAGUGACCAUCAUGGUGCGAGCUGACCCCCUGGACCCUGGCAUGAAGCGCUUCCACAUCUCCAUCCACCAACAGCAGCACAACUAUGCUGCCCCCUCCCCAGACACACUCCCUCAGCAUGUGGAGCCGCCUCGGAAGAGGGUCCGACAGGAGGCCUCCUCCCAGCAGCACCUGAAUGCUCAUCACCACCACCAGCCCCGGCCCGGCCACGCCCCUCUGAACUUAGACAGCAGGAAGUCUCAUGCGGCUGGAAUCAGGUCCGAGUCGCCUGACCUCAACGCCUGCUCUCCUACCUCCUCCUCGCCCCCUUCAUCCCCUCCCUCCUCUUCUUCUUCCUCCUCCUCCUCCCAUUCCCAGAUCUCCCCCUCAAAGCCUCGCUCCUUCUGCCACCUCUCAAGCCCCCAGUCCUCCGACUGUGAGGACACGGACAAGCGCAAGGCGCACAACUUCCUCGAACGCAAGCGGAGGAACGACCUGCGCUCACGCUUCCUGUCGCUGCGGGACGAGAUCCCGGGCCUAGUGGAUUGCCCCAAGACGCCGAAGGUGGCAAUCCUGACUCGAGCCACGGAGUACCUGCAGCAGCUGCAUGUCAACGAGAGGCAGAAGGCUCAGGAGAAGAAGCAGCUGAAGUCCAGACAGCUGCAGCUGCUGCAGAGGCUGGCGCUGCUCAAACGCUCCUGAGCGACGGGGGCGAAACCUGCUGUCAUCACACACACACACACACACACACACACACACACACACACACACACACACACACACACACACACACACACACACACACACACACACACACACACACACACACACACACACACACACACACACACACACACACACUCACAGAACUGAAUACAUGAAGGAGAAGAGACACUAAUGUUCACUUUGAUUUGAUCACGUUGGAAUAGUGCGGGUGGAUUUAAUUUUCUUUGUUUUCUAUUUUUGUGGUUUGCACAUUUAGCUUCUGAGUGAUUGACAAGGCCGUAAGCUGGUCAGGACAGCAAGCUAGGGACUGAUCUUAUGGGGCGUCUUACGGCAGAUUAAUAUUGUCCAUGGUUAUUCAAUAUAGAUUCAUGCUAUAAUCCCCCCUUUGCUGAAAAAUCUUCACAACUGUUGCUUGUUUACGGGAAGGCUUGUUGUGAAUGAAGCAGCUGCUAGUUGAUAAACUGCUACACAUUUUUCUACCUGCUGCAUGGUCUGAUUGGACGACAUCUUGAUUGUGACGGGGCUUACCCAGCAGAUACAGUAUGUCCUCUCGUUCUGUCUGUCAUUUUCUAAAAGGCCCUCUUAGGUUUCUCCAUAGAUUCUCAUGUUUUGUUCUUUACAGCCCUUAGAUCCUUAGCGCUUGGCAUACAACUUUAACAUUUUGUUGUCAAGUUGUGCCUUGUUUCUGAUCUGUUUACUCAUUCAUUUUCUUUUAUAUUAUUCUCCAUCUAACCUUAUUUUCUUGUUCUCUUCUUAUCACUAUUUCCCCCAUCAGCAGUUGAGGCCUUUAUGCUUGCUAGAAUGGGAAAGCAGGGGGCUGUAGUGGGACUGUACUGAGCCAUGCAACAAAUGACAUUACAACUGCAUACAAUAUAUUCUGCACCUCUGGAAUAGCUCAGGUUGAGUCCUAACUUCUGUGCCUGCAGGUUUCAAUUCAGUGUUUUCCUCUUGUGUCGUUAACGUUUGAACAGCAGCACCACGCCCACAGUAAAGACCAGUUUUGUAGCAUUAAUUGGAUAGAAAAUUGUUUGAGAAUAAUCCAGUUUUCAAUCAAAAAACACUAUAAAGAUCUUUAACAGGAUCGUUAUUAUUUUUGUGCCAUGGAGGCAAGCCAAAAGGUGAAUGUUGGCUUCAUAUUAUCAACCAAAAAAAACUUUGAGAAUGGCUUCAUUUAACCUGUUUUUAAGCAACAUUUAAAAAUGCCAACAUUUGCUUUGAGAUGAAGCCCAAUGAGGUCCAACUGUACAUUUCUUUUGUCUUGCGGUCUGCUCAGUUUGUAAGUUGUUUUUGCAUUCAAUGUAACGCCUAUAGAAGCCUUUCAAUGUACGUAGACUAUCCUGUUGGAUGUUAUGUAUAUAGUUCCCUUACUGUACAGUCCCUUUCAAACCAAAACCAGAGCUGUCUACUUUACUCAUCCUAGUUUUUGUUCAGCCCUAAAGCUUGCUGGCUUUUCAAAGAUAACUCAAAGCUUCUAUUUUUGUUAAUAAAAUGAUUAUGAAAAAGAGUCAAAAUAAAACACUUACUGAACAUUGAUCACACUAGACACUUUGUCGCCACGUUUUUGUUUUUGCGAUGCCUACUUGUUUUCAUUACUGUUCAUUAUCUGUUUCUGGGGUUUGAUUUAUUUGUACAAGUUCACAAAAGUUUUAUACUAUAUUUUCCUACCGAGUUGUGUUUCAGUGUGAGCUAAUGACUGUUGUUGUUAUUGUAGCUGGCGGGGCUUUAUUGGUGGUUAUGUGCUGAAAAUUGGCAUGUGCGGUCUACUUUUUAUCUGGAGUUGAAAGCACCUGAAUGCUCCUGUAUUCAAUCCAAUCACUGUAGCUGUAGCACUCUCAUAAAUGUGGACGCAGUGUGCAGGGAGGGAGGGAGGACUUAAGAGGAUAUACCGAUUAAACUUGUGGCUGUGUAUAGCCUUGAGUAACCUUAAUGCUUUCCCUCUUUUUUUAUUUUUUUUGUUGCAAGGCCGAUGCUCCCUAUUGUUCCCAUAAGCCAUACAGCAGAGAACACUGUAGCUCUUGAAAUAGUACUGUAAAUGGCACGAGUAACAUACUCUGCUAUUACUAGCACUCAGGAAACUCCCACGUGUAGCUUGUAGCUCUUCUGAUAGGGCCAGAGGCUGCGCUUGAGGAAAACACCCCCUGCUUUAUUAUGCUGUAACAUAAACCAGACCCACACUGAUGGAAAGAGAGCGUUCGAUAUGGGGAAUCAUGAUGUAUGUGAAUACAUAUUUUAUGUAUUCUAUCUUUCUAUUUCUGAAUAAGCUGGGUUUUUUUUUUGUCUGCUUACUAAUUCAGCACAAACCACCAUAAGCCCUGAUGGUAUUUUUUAUUUUCUCUCAAAAGGUUGCACCCACAGCAGCCCUUUUUGAUUUUGUUUGUUUAACUUGUAAUGGUCACAGGUUUCUGCUGUUGGCACAGUCAGUGGACGUUGCUUACUGACUUUUUGAGUUUAUCCAUGGUGAUUUUGGAGCCUUGUUUCAGCACUUUGUUCUUUUCUGUACCUCAUAAGCCUCUAUGUAUGAAGAGUAAGUCAGAAAAAUAAUAAAUUCAUGGUUUGACAUCAUAAA